AUGACGAAUUCCAUCAAGUUUGCAUUACUGGUAAUAUUCGAAAUUCCAGCUAUUUGUGUAUCGAUUCUCAUGCUUAUAUAUUUCCUCACAAAUCCUAUAGUUCGUGCAAAAUCGAAGAACCAUAUCUGGAUGAUUCUUCUCCUCUUCAAUUUCGUUCAGUUAUUAGUUCUUCUACCUAUGCCCAUCAGUUUCUACUAUUUGGAAAGAAUAAGGCCAGCAACAAACACCUAUUGUGUAUGGUGGAACUGGUACGAAUAUUCAUCAAAUGCAGCGAGUGUCAUUCUCAUGGCAUGGGCAUCGAUUGAACGGUACUUUUUCAUCUUUCAUCCGAGAUUUUUGCUCGGCGAAUGGUGGAAAAAGUGGUGUUUUCAUUUCAUUCCCAUCUGUCUAUGUAUUUUCUGGCCAUCAGUGUGGUAUUUUGCAGUUUCAGUCAUCAGUCCGGGAUGUAUGAAUGUGUGGCAAUUCGAUCAAGUUAUCUGUGGCAUUCCAUGUUUCACGAUGAUAUAUGGAGGGAUUCUUGGUGUGCUUCAUUUGCUGCUCAACAUCAUGAUUCCGAUCUUUGUCAUAGUCGCAACAAACAUUGCGCUUAUCAGUCGAGUGAUCUGCGAAAAGUUUGCUCGUCGUCAGAUUGUGAAUUGGCUUCGUCAGCGUCGAAUGGCAUUUCAGUUGUGGUUUGUUUCAUCUCUGUACAUGACUGGAUGGUUACCAUUGACGUUCACAGGAUUAGUUCAGUUCACAGGACGUCCAACAUUCAUGUUGGAACAUUUGUCGAACAUUUACUUUUCUCUUUACUUUGUUCCCUUAUUGUUGCCGAUCGUGUGCUUAUGUCUGUUUCCUGAUGUGGUAAAGAUAACGCGAGAAUCGUUGAAACGCCGAAGGAUAAAUCGAGUAGCGACAAUGACAUAG